UUUAAUGCUGAUAUUAGUGAUCAACAUGUUAAUAGUAAGAAGCAUACAAAUGAGAGAAUGGUGGAAAAGGAGGCAGAGGAAACGGGCCCUGAAAUUGCUUUUUUCACCACAAAUUUCACUUGGAUCAGACAGGGAUCGAGCCCGGGUCCUGGUCCUGGGAGGCGAAUAGUCAACCAAACCGUGACACCGGAACAAUUUAAAAAUGGCUGCCAUGCGGUGCAAGAGAGAGGGAGAGAGGAAAAGUUGAAGAGAAAGGAUUUCAAGUGGAAGGCUUGGUCGGCCAAGCCAGACUUCCAACAAAGACGCUCAAUGUCAAUGUCGCCUGCGCGUCGCAGCGAGGGAGAGAGGGUCCUUCCGAAAUAUUUGGAUGGCGGCGGUGUAGAGGGGACGGACCGGGAGCGGGGCUGUGGAAGGGCGAGGCAGGCGGGGCAGGCGGGGCCGGAAGGCCUCUGUGAACGAAAGGGAAGGAUGAGAGGGAAAAGUAGUAGGAGCAACACGUGGAGGGAGGAUGUCUGAGAUUCUACGGAAGCGCUCAACACGGACGACGUGAAAAUGAUGCAAGAGAUUACGUUGCCCUCCUUGCUGGUGCAGUGGACUUUUAACUGAAAUUUCAAAUU